UACCUGGCACGUGCGCAACGGAGUGUUCUCAGCAGCAAAGGCGCAUCCGCAUUAUCCUACUCAACAGCCCCACACCACUCACAACACCACUCACAACACCACUCACACACAACAGUGCGACAAAGUGGUAUCUGCAAUGCCACAACCCAACACACGCUUCUAAGCAGUGCAGCAAACGCACCCGCACGCACCAGUAGCACACACACACACACACACACACGCCACACCAUCGCACUCACACGGUCAGAGUCAGCCGCCGAGGGAAACAGUCACAGGCACACUAUCUCUAGCACACCCGCAACAGCCGUGCGCAGUGGCGUAGACAUAGGUACCCACCCACACACAGGCGCAGGUGCCCUGCCGUGUGUACCUACCACCAUCACACGCAGUGUUACCAUAGCAGCCAGCACUCCGGAGCAACAGCAGAAGACGGACGCAUACGACAGUCGCCUGAAGGCGUUGAUUCGUCAGAGAGAAAGCAUUGCGGAACGGCGCCAGCGUGCAGCUACCCCUCAGGCGGAGAGUAAUCUAAAAAUAGAUGACAAUCUAAAAAUAGACACAAGGACCAGUAAACACACGAUAGGCGAUUCCCAUAGGUCACCUGAAGCGGACAGACAGAUCACACCAGCGACGGUGCACACGAUAGACAAUAACCACACGCCACUGCACACAAACGAGACCCCACCCACACACCAACACCAGCAGAAAACACACCCACUAGACUACAGUGCACACCAUUUUCCAGUGACAAGCGAAGGAGCACUCACACACGCAAGCACACGCACACGCGAAAGUACAGCAACAGGAGAGACGCCGACACUAGACACAGGACACACGAAAGCAGCUGCGGCUGCUGCGAUAACCAGCAAGCGCCAGGGGAAUGUCACGCACCUGGUGCGGCAGAUAACUCCGUUGCCAGGCAACGUGGUCGUGCCACGUAGUGCCUAUUACGUACCCACAAUACCCACGGAACACACUCACGCAAAGAGCCGUCCGCACGCGAGAAGUGGUAGUGGACAAUUAAACGAGAGCGGCAUGAUGCCUGAGUACACGCCAGUGGUGGCGACCACAGACGGAGCUGCGCUGGCGAAGGGAUCAGAGACAUUGCACACACAUCUGAUGGAGGAUGCCAUGAAGCAACACACACAUACACACACGCACACGCACACACACACGCAUGCUAGUUCAGCCAAUUCAGGCACACAUACAGGCGACACAGCAGAGAAAAGAGAGACGUAUAUGAACGGAGAGAACUCACAGGGCAAUGUGCAUAGGGUAGAUACACCAACGGAUGCAACACACACAACAAACUCAGCCACCGUAACACAAGCGCGCACUAGGGACCUGAGCGCUGCCGAUCUGUCGGUGCUGCCAGACACCUCCGUCACACACAAGCACACCAACUCACACACCAACACAGGCAACGCCACGAGCACACACACGUCACAGCACACACCGUACACGCCACGCGACGCACACACACCACAGCACACAGCAAUGCCGGGCACACAGCCACUGCGCGUGCAUGACCGCUAUUUAAGUUCACCGGAACUGGAUACGGUGGGGGAUGGAGAAGACUUUGAAGGAUCAGCAACAGCACAACAACAAGUACCUGGACAACAACUAACAAGACAACAAGUAGCAGGACAACAACUAACAGGGCAACAACUGACAGGACAACAGCUAACAGGACAACAACUGACAGGACAACAACUAACAGGACAACAAUUAGAAGGACAACAACUAAUAGGACAACAACUAACAGGACAACAAUUAGCAGGAGAAGCACGGGCAGAAGUAGAAGACCAGGCACAGGCACACACAUCUCAGGAGACACAGACACAGACACAGACACAGACAGAUGGGUUACGUGUGAGGGACACAGGGCCAUCCAGCGAACAACUGCCACACACGACACCCCCUGCGCACCAUCAAGCAGCGGAUGUGGGAAACACUAACCCAACCACACCCACACACACCCAACUCACCACACCACACAACACCACCACACACGACACCAACACGAACACCAAACACAACACCAAACACACGACCACACACGACACAAGUACCGUACCUGAGCCAACGGAGGACGAAGGCGCACCCCAACGGAUGGUACAGAAUGGCACGAGCGGGCCUGUGGGUGCAGCGGAGGAGACACGGGCACACGAGAGCCCUGCGAGUGCGAAAACACAGGACGAACCUGCGAACACAAGCAAAAACACAAGCACAAACACAAACACAACCACAAACACAAGCACAAGCACAAACACAAACACAAACACAACCACAAACACAGACCCCAAAGCACACGGGCGAUCGACUUCGGCUGUGUCGUCGUUGUGGGGAUGGUUUACAGGCAGCAACAUUGCGACGGAGUGGGAGCAGGACAAACCGCAAGAAGAGCAAGACUCACCGCAAAGACCGCAAGAAGAACAGGGUAAACCGCAGAAACCGCAAGAGGGCGAGGGAGAGGAAGGGCAGCAGCACGGGGUUGGUGUACAGGCGCACGCGUCAGGAGCUAAGGAAACACAUACACACACACACGACACGAGCACACACACAGAUGUACAGGCGGCAGCGUACGAACAGAACAGGACAGAAGGGACAUCGGAAACAGCAGCCAACUCAACAGUCACACACAGCCAUGCACGAACACACAACGACACACCCACACCCACAGACAACGACACACACACACACGCUGCCACAGACAACACAUCCGCUAUCUCCUCACCUACAGCACACACACUACAGCCCACCCAAUCACCCAUGGCACACCAAAGGCCAGCGACAACGGCGCCCAGACGCACCUCUGUGCAGUCACUGAUUGUGUCACAGCCAAAGGAUGUCACGGCAUCACCACCCACCCACCCACACCCACUCACACACACAAGCCCACACGCAAGUGAUGACGGCAGCCAGUUCACACGUGUGGGGAAGGGGCAGCAGGGCAGCAAGCAACAUGUGCCACGCACAGCCACGUGGACAGGCGGCGACCUCAGCAGAGGAGCGCAGGAGACACGCGAGGGCCAGCGACAGGCCAUGGAGAACUCACUCGUCCGCAG